AGACCCGAUCGGGAUGUUCGGUUCCGCAUCGAAUCUGAAACGUGAUCAUUCAGUUACAACGUUUCGACCCAGAGUGCUGCUACUGUCUGUCCGUCAACAUGCGCUCCCACGUGAGAGGAAUCAUUUGUUGUUUGCCCAUCAUCGUGGCGUUGCUUACAUUUGUUGCGGUUUGCCGUGGCACACCCGUUCAGAAGUCGGCACCCGGCAUCGAGAUACUUCCGGCUGGUAAGCCUUUGGUGUCCUUUGGUGGACUGCGGAGCCUUGGUUAUAAUUUCCAAAAUUUUAUUAUUGCAGCAUUUUCCAACGGAAAUGGACCAAGCUAUGUAGUAGUGGGUGAUAAUGAAAAUCAACCUGCUGCAGCCGCUGCCGCACCGCUACAGUUUCAAUCACGAAUAGACAUUCCAGUUGCGACAACAACGCAGCAACCCCCAACAACACCGAUAGUUUACCAACCAGCGCCUCAGCCAGCUCCGGUCCAGUAUCAGCAACCUCAGCCGCAACCGGUCCAGUAUCAGCAACCGCAGCAGGUACAGUAUGAACAGCCGUCACCACAGCAGGUCCAAUAUCAACAACCAGUCCAGCAGUACCAACAGCCAGUCCAGCAGUACCAACAACCGGAGUACCAGCAACCAGCUUCAAUGUACUACCAGCAGCAACCCGUACAAUACGCACAACCGCCAGCAGCGUACUCACCGUACAACGAGCAGCAGUACAAUCGUCGGCCACGACCGGAAACAUCUUCGUCAUCCUCAGGCUUCUUGGAUACGAUUGCCCGAGCGUUCGGUUUAAACGCGGGAACCAACUCUAGAGCUCCGCGGCCUGCUACGACCUCCUCCUCGUCUGGGCUGGGGCUUUUGGGGAUGGCACUUGGGCUAGGAUAGAGGACCCGCAGUUUCGCCACGUAUUGCCUAAUAAUUCUCAUCUCCCGAAUGCAAAAUUUUCGAGGAAUUUAUAAAGCAAUUAUACGGAAAUCAUUCAUUCAUUCUUAAAUUGUACUUUUUUAGCUCAUUGCAACGAAGGAAAAGGCCUUCGGGUUUUGUAAACUAUAAACAGAUCGUAAAACUAAAUGGUGUAAAUAG